UUUAACCCGCGCGAGCGCAUGCGCGCUGGGCGGCAGUGGGUCCAUGAUGGCGGCGAUGUGGGGACGGCUUUUCCGCAGCGGCUUCAGCGGCGUCCGUCAACUGUCGGCGGCGGCCGGGGCCGAGGAGCACCAGAGCGCACGCAUGUGGAAAAUCCUGACUUUUGUUGUUGCCAUUCCUGGAGUAUCUGUGUGUAUGUUGAACUGCUACUUGAAGGCGCAGCAACACACUCAUGAGAGGAUUGAGUUUGUUCCUUAUGAUCAUCUUCGCAUCAGGAGCAAACCAUUCCCUUGGGGUGAUGGGAACCAUUCUUUCUUCCAUAACCCCCAUACCAAUCCUCUGCCCACUGGCUGGGAAGAUUGAAAUUUUGGAGCAGAGAAGAAUUCCCCAGAUGUUGUGGAUUGUUUGUUAAAUCCAAUUAUGUAAAUGAGUGCAUUUUUCCCAAACAAGGGCAGAAGUUGGAGCUGUGUUUACCUUUAUUGAGGUAAUACCAUAAUAAAUAUACUGUGGAGAA